AUGUAUGAUCAUCCAAUACCGAUACACAUGGCAAUUCAACCUCAAAAGCUUAAAUCUCAUCCUUAUCUGCACCCAAUUGGUAAAGACAAAAACACAAUGAGAUUUAUUUGGUUAGCUUGCAUAUUCGUUCAAUUGGUUCAUGCCAAUUAUGGUUUUGAAGAAUGGAGUAACAAUGACUUAAGACAAUUCUUACAGGACAACAAGAUUAAACAAGAUUCCAAAUGGGACAAUGCCCAAUUGAUUGAAGUUGCCAAUAUUGAAGCUAAAAAAUUGGAGAAUGGAUAUAAUAAAUUGAAGAAUGAAUUGGAUAAACAAUUGAAACCGAAGAGACACAAUUUAGAAGAUUAUUUAAGUUUUAGUUACUUAUUUGGCUCUUCAAAGGAGAAGAAACCAAUUCUGGAUUGGUUUUUUGAAAGUUGGGACUUUGAUUCAUUAACCAAGUUUUUGAAACAUCAUGGAGUGAAAAUUGAUGAAAAGGCCAACAAAAGUGAUUUAUUGAAAACCCUCAAGAGUAAAUUCAGCUCCAUUGCUAAAAAGAAUAAAGGAUCAAACUUUUAUCCUGGUGAUUGGUUAUAUGAUUCAUGGUCAGAAGACGAGUUGAAAAAUUGGUUAAGUAAUUAUAAAAUUGAAUUUGAUAAAAACGCAUCAAAGAAUAACUUGGUGGAAAAAGUUAAAGAGUACAACUACAAGGCUACUAAUGAUAUUAUCGAUACCAAAGAUGCAUUAUUUGAUUCUUUGGACUUGUUUGACAAGUCUGUUUUUGAUAAAGGUGGCCAGAUUAGAGAUGAAUUUUUUGAAUCUUGGUCCUAUUCGCAAUUACGUGAAUGGUUGUAUUUACAUGGGUUUAUCAAUGCCAAACCUGAUGUAUGGGUUGGUGACUUGGAUAAAGAAACUCUAAUCAAAAAGGCUCAAACAUACAAGAGUUAUUUGCUCGAUGAUAUUCAGACUUGGUUAAAACAUUCGGAAAAAAAGAGUGAGCCGUGGUUAUCAAAAGGCGAAUCUGGCAAAGGCGGCAGAGGCGCUAAGAACUUGAUCAACGAUACGUUUUUUGUUGGUAUUGAAAACUGGUCAAAGGAUAAAUUGCGCGAAUUCUUGAAUGUGCGUAAAGUGCCAUAUUCCAUUUUCACGACUAGACAACAAUUGGUGGAAUUGGUUAAAGAACAUAAAGGUGACCCAAUCCAUGUUGAAGCCGAUGCUUAUAUUGUUGAUAAUGACAUAUCAACCAAUUCAAUCAAAGAAUGGUUACGUGAGCAAGGGCAAAAUGUUGAUGGGUCAAGACAAGAUUUGAUUGCGGCGUUCCAAAAGCAAUUUAAAAGUCACGGCUCCGGUAAAGAAAAUAUCGAUUCACAAAUUAGAUUAUACAAACCCGAUUUGGAAGGUUUUAAACACUAUUUAACUAGAAAUGUUGUUGAUGCUGAAACCGUUGGUGAGGACAAGUUGAAAAAGGCAUUUAUUAUUGUUCAAGAAUACUUUCAAAAAGCAACUGAAGUUGCCCGUGAUGAAUUGAAACAAGCUGAAUAUUCAGUUGAAGAAGCAUUGCAAGAGAUUCAAAAUGAAGGCUACGAGUAUGCUGGCCGUCUUUUGGGUGAGGUAAAUAAUGACGAAGAAAAAUUUUCCAACUUGGUUUAUGAUGCUAAAUUAGCUAGUAAUCAAUACGCUAGAGAAACAAUUGGAGCAUUGAUUAGAGAUUGGAAAAAUAUUGAGAAAACUUUGCUUGGUAAGGAAAGCAAAUCUUCUUCAUGGUUUCAACGAGGUGGAAAGGAUAAAGGCGGGCAAGCUAUUUUAGAAAAUGCUAAUGACCAGUAUGAAGCUGUGGCCAAGAAGUAUGAUGAAUACGCCCAACACGCCAAGGAUUUAUACGAAGAGUAUUUAAGUAGUGUUGAUGAUUCGGUUGAUGACCUGACCAAAAAGGCUGGAAAACAGUAUGAAGAUUUGGCCAAAGACGCCAAUUACAAGUAUGACCAAUACAAGAAGCUUUUCAAUAAACAAUCUGACGCUGUUUCUGAAGCUGCUGGUAAGAGUUAUGAACGUGCUGUUGAAGAGGCCAAUAAGCAGUAUGAAGAGUAUUCGAAAUUGGUGAAUGAUAAUUUGGAAGUUUUACUUGGAAAUGCAGGAAAGCAAUAUGAAACAGCAGCAGCAGAAGCUAGUAAAAAGUAUGAUGAAUAUGCUGCUAUUGCCAGUGAUGCUACCAACGAUGCUAAAAAGGAAGCGGGAAAGCAAUAUGAAUUGGCAUCAGCAGAAGCAGCCAAGAGAUACGAGGAAUACAAGAAGUUGGCUGAUAAAAAGUAUCAAGGAUUGUCCAAGCUUGCCAAUAAGCAAUUUAGUGAAUAUUCGAAAUCUGCUAAUAAAAAGGCUAAUGAAUUGUCAGCAGAAGCUGCUAAGCAGUAUGAAGCGGCAAUUAAAGUUGCCAAUGCCAAGUAUGCUGAAUAUAGCAAACUCGCCGGUAAGAAAUAUAAUGAGUGGUCUAAAGAAGCUUCAACGAAAGCUGACGAUUGGUAUAAAGAAGCAGGUAAGCAAUAUGAAAUUGCUGCUAAGGAUGCUUCUGAGAAGUAUGCCAGGUAUGCUGCGGCACUUGGUGCAUGGGCUAGCGACGUUGGUGCUAAAGCUAAAGUAAAGUAUGAUGAGUAUUCCGAUGACUUUAGUAAACAAGCUUAUGAGCAGUAUCAAGUUGCUUCAAAGGAAGCUUCUAAAAGAUAUGAUGAGUUUUACAAGUUGACGGGAAAGAAGUAUGAUGAAUAUUCCGAUGAAGCUUUGAAGGCAUUGGAUAAAGCCUCAAAAGAAGCAGCUAAACAAUAUACCCUGGCAUCGAAAGAAGCUGGUAAGAGAUAUGAUGAGUAUUCAAAGUUGGCUGGAGAAUUGGCAGUUGAAUAUGGACAAAAGGCAAGUGAAUUGACCAAGGAUGCUGGUGAAAAGAUUCAAACUGCAUCCAAAGAUGCUUGGAAAUCAACUCAAAAGAAUUAUGUCAAGUAUACGCCCGUUUUCCAAGAUUGGUUAAAGAAUCAAUAUCGCUCCGUCUUGUACCACUUGGGACUUUUCAAUAAUAAGCUUUAUGGUGCAGCAGAAGUGGCCAAAGAUGAAUUUAGUGACAAAUGGGACAGCAUAGUCAAGACAUAUUCCAAUGCUGAUUUGAAGUCUUAUUUGCGGUCAUUUGGAUAUAAUUACAAUUGGUUAUCAAGUUUGAAUCGUAAGGAGUUGUUGACAUUGGCUGAAGCUCAAAAUAAGUUGUUUAAUGGAUACAAGUCAUUGAAGUGGGAAAGGCCAAUUAGUGAAGUGUUGGAAGAGAAGUUGGGAUUGAAGCGUCAUCCUGAAGGAAUAGUACAACAUGUUAAAUCAUUUUUGGGAUUCAAAUGGUGA